CUUGCCUUUCUGUUUGCAAAUUAGCUUUUUUUGUCCUUCUCCUGCUAAAAAGCUCAUUCAUCAAAGUAAUUAAUUAGAGCUCAUUUUUUGGAAUCUUGAUUUAUAUAUUCAUAUGAUUAUUGAUUGAGACACCCAUUUGAUGGGUUCCCAGAUUUUCACUUUCUGAUCUGAUCUUAACAACAAGAGGCUAGAGUUUUUCAUCUCUUGGACAUGUCAGAAGCUUCUUUGAACAUGGACCCCCCUACAGAUGAAGGGAAAAUUAGAACUGCAGCACUUGAAGAUGUGAAAUUAAAAGAAAUGGGCGAAACUAAACCAGCAGCACUUGAGGACGUGAAAUUACAGGAAGCGGAGGAAACUAAACCAGCAGCAAUUGAGGAAGUGGAACAGGACGGUGCCCUCUUCCGCUGUGAUCUAUUUGAUGCAGAAAUGGUUCAAAAGGUAGCGGAUGAAUUCCUUCCAGGAUUAGCCUCUGCCUGUAUUGACAAUACAACCGGUGGUUUGUUGAAUAGCCCUGCUUCUGUGGCUGUCGGUAUUAGAAGAGAAAUGGUGGACUAUCUUACCCAGAGAAGCGAGAUGUUUGUUGCGGAAUCUGUUGUUGGUGAAGGUGACUCAGUUGCUGAAGUGUCGGACAACCCUCAUGAUAUUAUAUCGGAUUUUAUCGAUGAUUUUGCACAGUCUAAGAGGAACUUUUUAAGUAGAGUAUCAUCAUGGAUGCUAAGUGAAAGGAGGGAGGAAAGGAUAGAUGAUUUUGUACAAGAAAUGGAAAUAAACGGCUUUUGGUUGAUGGCGAGGAGGAUAGCAGUGGCACAAACAGUGAUAAGAAAUAUCGACUUCAAGAACACUUAUCACUGUCCUAUGAAGUUUAAAUCCGAAGAAGAACUAACGAAACAUAUCUCCUCGUGCAGUUUCAGGGAAUUGAACUGUGAAAACGAAGGAUGUAAUGCUCGAUUUAGUGCAGCUCAGCUGGAACUGCAUGACUCGACUUGUCCUUUCAAAAUACUUCAAUGCGAGCAGAAAUGCCCAGAAAUGCUCAUGAGGCGCGAUAUGGACAGGCACUGUAUAACUGUAUGUCCAAUGAAGCUUGCUAACUGCCCCUUCUAUCCAGUAGGCUGUGUAUCUACUAUUCCUCAAUGCAAAACAGACCAACACCGUCUCGAGAAUCUUCAGUCGCACUUAAUUUGCAUCUUAAAACUUAUUCACAAGGAAGCAUCUUUCGAGGCUUUGAAGAAAAGGGCUGAACAAUUGUUGGAGGCAUCAUCACCUGGACGGCUAGCAGCUGCUCGUGAUGCAAGAUCAUUAACAGUUGCGAUCAAGAGUAUUGAUGCAAAGCUCGGACCCUUAGAAGUUGAGGAAAAUACAGAGGUCAAUGCAGAGGGCGCUGAGUUGAAAGACAGAGAAGAGGAUAGCACCGAUCAAUCCGCCAAAAAGGAUUGUACUAUAGACUUGUCACAUAAUGAUGAACAAUCUCCAGACAUACCGAAGAGUCAGCAAAAUUCCACAGCUUCACAAAACAAAAUAGAGUCACCUGACAAAUCAGAGAAAGUUGUGGAACCGACAGUUAAAACAGAUUCAUCUACAAAUGAACACUGUGAGAAAGAAGACUCGAGAGAUCAACUCCAUAACAAAAAUAAGAGCCCAGAACCUCUAAUAGAAAAUGAUGGUUUGAAAUCACCUGACAAAAGUGAAGAGUCUCUGAGCCCAUCCCAAAAACAUCAAGAUUUCACAACUUCAGCCUACAAAUUGGAGUCAUCCAAAAGUGAAGAGUCUCCCAAGUUGCCUGAGAAGAAUCACGAUUUAAUAGUUUCUGAAGAGAAAAAGGAGUGACAUGCCAAAACUAAGAACUUGGUGGAACAAAUGAAUCUCUGGCCACUAUAGACAAAUUGGCACCUGACUAAGGAAGAUUUAACAGAAUCAAUGUUGGAAAAGGUAAACAGCCAAAAAGUCGCCUAUAGAAAGAAAUUGCAUGUGUAGCCACCAAAUGAGAAGUAGAUCAAACAAUUUUUGAGGUUACUGAACAGAUGGUCAUUUUCUAAAUGGGAGACUUGAGCACUUUCCAAUUUAGAAGAGUAACUCCGACUCUCAGGCUGGAAGAUGGAAGACAAAAAGUAAGUACAUUGUUUCAAGAUUGUCUUUUUUUCAAAUCUGAGCUGGAGCAAGGACAUAGCAUAGGAGAUGGACAAGAUUUUUUUUUUCCAUGAAGUAGAUAAAGUCACAUACCAGUUUUCAUCUUCUUCAUAUUUCAGUGGGCAAUCCCUUCGAUCCUUCAAAAUGGCAUAGUUUUGAUUUUAAAUUCUUUUUUCAUCUUCGUACAUUGAUCUUACGACGACUUUGUCAUCUUUUUAGCCUUUUAAGUGUUAUUUAAUUGAUAGAUAUAAACAUUUUUCUAGUAUAAAGGAUAACAAGCUGGUUUUCGCUUGCCUUGUAAUUUCAUUUACCCUAUGUAAAAGACAUUUAUGUUUUUCGCUGGUAUUGAUUGGCAUUAAUUUGACUUUCACUCCCAUCAAAUGCAUACCCCUUUCUCGCUCUA